CCCUCCUCCCCCAUCGCUGCAGUGUCUCUGCGUUAACUGCCUUGGAGCUAACAAGAGGGGAAAUAGCACACAGACAAUUAUAAGAGGAGGAGAGAGCACGACACAACGAAAGAGUGCCAGUGAAUGAGUGCAUGUGUGAGAAUCAGGCGGAUCUGAGGAUGUUGGUGAUUCAGGUCUAAGGGGACGGAUCGCGCGCUCCCUCUGCCUCCCAAGCGAAUGCUUGUCUGCAGUGUUGCUGGUGAAUGGACGGCAAGCGGUAAAACGGAACAUGGGCCUUUAGCUGCCUCACUGGCUUAUGCAAGCAAGACGAUCUAGUACACAGACACCAAAAAACAGUCUACGAGAACUAAGGUCUGACAUUCCAUCGGAUGGAAAGUGUCUGAAGAAAAUUAAUGAAGGGAGGAAUUGACAACAGAUGAAUCAGUCACAGAAUUACAGGGAAGCACAUUGGACGUCAUGAGGGAGGAGAGUGAAGGAAUUUUACGGUUUCGACUUUCUCUCGAUGAACACUGACAAGUCAACUUAAAGUCUGCCGUGCUCAGGGGAGAGAGUCCCCUGAUAUGAACCUCAAGUGAAGGCAAACACGCCCUUAUGACAGGGCCUGAGUGGGUCUUCCACCAUGUCAUGGUAGCACUGAAUGCCAAAACAUCAACCCUUUAAAAAAGUUACUCAAAAACUGUAGACUUGGACAAUGCAUGUUGUCUAACACCAAUCUGAAACUGGUUUCCAGCAAUAGCUUCCUCUAGUAUCAGCUCAACUGUAUCACCAUAUCUUUUUACAUUGCAUACAUUUACCGUCCACUCUCCCACUUCCUGGGAUUACCAGCUCAAGUCCAGGUGCAGUCAACCAUGGGGUGUCGGCAGAGUUCAGAGGAGAAGGAGGCCGCCCGGCGCUCACGUCGCAUCGAUCGACACCUCCGCUCAGAAAGCCAGCGCCAGCGGCGUGAGAUCAAACUCCUGCUGCUUGGCACCAGCAACUCUGGCAAGAGCACCAUUGUGAAGCAGAUGAAGAUCAUCCACAGUGGAGGCUUCAACCUGGAGGCCUGCAAGGAAUACAAGCCCCUCAUCCUCUACAAUGCCAUUGACUCACUCACCCGCAUCAUCCGUGCCCUCGCCACCUUGAAGAUCGACUUCCACAACCCUGAUCGGGCUUACGACGCAGUGCAACUCUUUGCCCUCACCGGGCCUGCCGAGAGCAAGGGUGAGAUCACGCCAGAGCUCCUGGGGGUGAUGAAGCGCUUGUGGGCCGAUCCAGGGGUCCAGGAGUGUUUCUGCCGCUCCAAUGAAUAUCACCUAGAGGAUAAUACAGCCUAUUAUCUAAACGACCUGGACCGCAUUUCUGCGCCAGAGUACAUCCCAACCGUUGAGGACAUUCUGCGCUCACGUGACAUGACCACUGGCAUUGUUGAGAACAAAUUCACCUUCAAGGAGCUCACCUUCAAAAUGGUGGACGUGGGCGGCCAGCGUUCAGAAAGGAAGAAGUGGAUCCACUGUUUUGAGGGUGUGACUGCCAUUAUAUUCUGUGUGGAGCUCAGCGGCUAUGACCUCAAGCUUUAUGAAGACAACCAGACGAGCCGUAUGGCGGAGAGCCUGCGUUUGUUCGAUUCCAUCUGCAACAACAACUGGUUCACUAAUACCUCGCUUAUCCUCUUCCUCAACAAGAAGGACCUGCUGGCCGAGAAGAUCAAGCGUAUUCCGCUGACCGUCUGCUUCGCUGACUACAAGGGGCAAAACACCUACGAGGAGGCGGCCGUGUACGUGCAAAGGCAGUUUGAGGACCUCAACCGCAACAAGGAGACCAAGGAAAUCUACUCGCACUUCACUUGCGCCACUGACACCAGCAACAUCCAGUUUGUGUUUGACGCGGUGACGGACGUGAUCAUCCAAAACAAUCUCAAGUACAUUGGGCUGUGCUAGGACGAGGGGACGGGGGGAGAGGGGCGGCAGGCACGGCAUAUGAAAAAAACCCUUGGUGAACGAUCUGAUCUGAGUGCCCUCAAAAACGCUUGUCGAAACAGGAAACGCAGAUGAGGCCCAGAGGAAAGGGCUACAUGCUGCCAUCCUGCUAGAUUUAUCAAUGUCAAAAACUUAAAGGUCAAAGAGGAUUUUACAAGGUUGGUAUAAAUGUGUUUGCACUGAACAUAUGAGUAUGUAGACACACACACAUACACCAUCGUUACGUUUGAUCACACACAACGGACUUUGGGAUCAGCAGUCAAGCACAUGUUUGUCAUGGAAACACUGGAAACAGAUCCCCCUGCUCCUCUCUUCCCUGACAAACAGCAGAAAUUCCUAAACAUCUAUGAAAGGGAUAGAUC